AUGGCACAAGUACUCGAUGCUUACGUUAAUAAAUCAGUGAAUGUUGUCACAGCCGAUGGUCGAAUCAUUAUUGGAACAUUGCGUGGAUUUGACCAAGCAAUAAACAUUAUUUUAGAUGAUAGUCAUGAACGUGUAUUUUCAUCUACAGAUGGUGUUGAACAAGUUCUUCUUGGUCUCUAUAUAAUUCGAGGUGAUAAUGUUGCAUUAAUUGGUGAAAUCGAUGAAGAAGUUGAUAAAAAUAUUGACUUUUCUAGAAUUCGAGCAGAUGCAUUACCGCUCGCGAAAACAUAA